CAUGCGGCCGUGUACAGGAACGGUUCCAUGUAAAUUAUGUUAAUGAGUCAACAUGGCCGACUGUCGAUGAUUACGCAUAGCUGUGGAUGAGUUUACUCGUAGACAGAAUUGUGUGAUUAGACGUCAACCGGUUUGGUUAGAUAUUUGAAGGAAUGAAAGUUGUGAUACUGUAAUCGGUAUCAAUGCAGCGAGUGUGCUUUUCAACAUGUCUGCUGACGUUAUAACGAUGCAGUGGAAAUGGAUUCUAACGAAAAUAUUACGGAACCUACGACCAGAUCCUUUAAUACGACACGUCAGGCUACAUGGAAAAAUAUGUCCCCUACCCACGGACAAAUAAAUACACUACUUAAUAAUGAAAACUGUGUGGACAAUGUAGAAAAUAAUUAUAAACUCUGUGAAAAUCUAACAAAUCAAAAUGUUGCACAAACUAUUGACCCAAAACAGUGUAAUAACAAUGUAACAGGAAACACGGAUAAGUUAGAUAACAUGAAUUACAACAAUAUGGAGACAGAGAUUAUGAUGGAUUCAUUGAAUAUGAACGAGGGCUACCAAAAGUUAGAAGCGCGUGCAACUCUGCCUAAAAUACGACCCAAAGGCAAGAAAAAAUAUUCCACGUGGAAGGAUGUUUCUCCCAGUAAUAGCAAGGAGAAUCUAGUAGGACGGAAAAUGAGUGACAGUUUUGGUAGUCCUAAGCGCUCCAGAUCUUGGGAUGUAUCGCAAAGUAAUGGUAGUCAAACGGUCACCUGGAAAGAUAUGUCACCAACCAAACUCAAAGGUCAGGUACGUCAAAAAACUAUACGUAAAAAGCGACCUGAGAGUGGUUACUACUCUAAUGAUGUACAAAGUGAAGGACAAGAUUCAAGAGAAGAGUUUGAUUCUUUAUCUGGUUCUGGUAGUGAUCAAAUUAACAAUGGCCGUUCGUCUAGUUCUACACCUGAUGAUGCUGGUUUCAGCGAAUAUUAUUAUGAUGAGGAUUUCACAGUGAAAUUUGACACCAACAUCAGAAACUCGUCGCUAAAAUUAAAAGAUGAACAAGAAGAAGAAUUAGUGUUUCCGCCUUCGUUAACUGGUAGUUAUACUAGAUUUGGCAACCUACGCGAAUCUCUGUCUCACCCGGAUUUAUAUUUUGGUAAUUAUGAAUCGGAACUGUCUGGUAGUCGUACAUCUAUGGAAGUUUCAUCUAGUGAACGUGAAAUGAUGUGUUCUAGUGAUAUGUUAGAUUUUAGUAACGAUCCUCUCUUUACACCUACUCCAACCGGUGAUUUAGCGGCACAGACAUAUUCUACAGAUAGUUUAUCGCGAGAUCAGGCCAACAGUACAACUAGUCGUUCAUCUGGUGAUGGUAAACUAGCAGUUGAUUGUUGUCCUAGAAAAGAUGAAUAUUUUCUUUCCUUUAAUUCUUCAUCACAAGGACAAUCAACAGCAUCUUUAAGUAGUAAUUCCUAUGCAUCACAAACCUCAUCACAAGAUGGUAUUGGUACUUGUAGUCCUUCGUGUAGUUCAAAUGAUGGUGAAGAAAUCUGCUCGAAUAGUUUUCACUUCUGCCAGGCAGGACAGAAUGAUGAAUUUGCAAACAAUAAUGGCAAUUUGAGAUCACACCCCAGUAAGUCUGGCUUGGAUGUCCUCCAAGAAUGUUCAAUCGAAAAAUCUGAAUCAACAAAUGGAUCUAAAGCUUCAAGUGGCCACCAUUCUCGAAGGUCACCUCGAAACAGCCCUAAAUCUUCACCAACUAAAAAUUCUUCUAAAAACUCACCUAAAUCAUCUCCCCAAAAGUCAGAAUCUGCCAAACUACAGCCGAGCAAAGGUACUUAUGGCUCUUUAGAUGGUCAACAAAAACUGUGUGGAACAGAUAAACAACAUAGUUUAAGGAGGGUGAAGAAUCUCACUUCGUGGAAACAAGUGAAAAAUUUGAAGAAGUUUGGUAUUAUGUGUAAUUCGACGGACAGAGUUCACAGUAUGCCUGAUUUGAAUGUACAGACGUCUUUUAAUACCACUCCACACAGGACAUAUACAGAACAAAGAGAUCUACAGGAUAUAUCUGAUAGUUUCCACAAUAAAAGACAUUCUUCUUCUUUAUUAGAGCUAUAUCAGCGAAUGAAAAGUCCAUCAAGUAUGGUCAGUAUGGAUACUAUCCGAGCAGUUGAACAAAUUUUGUUUCCAGAUAACAGUAUUAAUGGCAGGUUUAAUUCAGAAUGUCAGUACAGCCCUAAUAGUACAGAUUCUAGUUAUGAUGGAAGCGACCAUGGCUGUGGGUGUAGAUUUCAAGAAGAUACCAGAUGCAGCAGCAGAAACAGUUGCAAUUCACCAGUUCGAUUCAUUACAUCAUCGAAAAAUUACUCUCGUGCCACUGCUGUAUCCCAGGACACAGUCCAACUUUGGCAUGGUACUAAAAACUUCUCAUCACAGUUUCCACCUAAAACACAGGACUGUGGUGUGCAGGCAUCAAUGGACGAACCAGAACCAACACCCGUGUUAAACCAAUCUCAACAAACAUCCCCAAAUAUUCAUCGAGAAAUCAUGACUAUAUUAGAGGAUAUUGGAGAACAUGAGUCUAGAAAACCAUUUAAGGAACCUCAUCAACGCAAAUCUGCAUCGGAAACCAGACCAAAACAAACAGAACAUAAACCAACUAACAGAAGAUCAUCGAGCCUCUCACCAUCGCGAUAUGAUCAACCAAAAUUUUACUCUUACAGAUCUUUACCUGAUCUAAGUUUCUUGUCUCCAGCACAAAAAAGUGACUUUUCCUGUGAAAGUUCUCUAUUUGAUCCUGUUAAAAUUCCAAUCAUACUUACACCUGUUGUGGAUGAUAGUCAACAGACACAGUCCUCUCAAAGAGAAUCUGGCUAUUGUUCCUGUCAUAAAGAUAAGCGCUAUGGUGGAAGCAGACAUAAACACUUUGAAUCAGGUUCUAGCAGUGGUUUUAGUACAAGUUCUACGUCUUCUGGUAUUGAUCCUGACUAUUUUGAAUGUCGAUGUUGUCAAGGAAGUAUGGCUAAAGAUCUUGAAAGAAUUCUUUUUCUACCACCUCAUUUAGAGUGCACACAGAAAUUUAUGGACAGGCGUGAAACUUCAAACAGUUCUCAUCAUCACAGAUCAUCAGAUCAUUCUGGCUAUGAACAUCAUCCUUCAUCCAUGGGAAAACGAAAGUCAUCAAGAAAAAUGAGCUCCAGUAGUUCUUCCAAUUCAACUUCAUCAUUACAUUUGGACAGAUUAUAUUCAGUUAAAGAAGAGAGCCCCACAUCACCAGAGAAGCAUGAAAAAUUACACACAGUAUUUGAUCAAGGAGCAAAAUUACAUGGUCAUGUCUAUCGAGGCUAUCAUCUAUCCGGCAACAUGGAGAAACGUUACCAUAAUCGAGAAUACUAUGAAAUUGAGGCUGAUGAAACCAGCUACUCAAUUGAAGUUCAGGAAGACAUCAGCUGCGGAAGAAAACCAUUAAAAUCAUGCUUACGCAAAAUGGAUAAAGGUUGCAGAUCACGCUCAUUAUCCAACCCUGACAACCUGAAUGCUCAACUCAAUGAUUCAUCAAAACCACCUCGAAAACCCAAUCGCUACUCUAUUGCAUGUGACAGCCUUUUCCCCCAAACAGUCAAUAAACAAGUGGAGGUGACUGAAGCAGAUAACCCCCAAGCUACUUUACUUAAAAAAGAUAUCCAGUCAUCUACAACAGGAAUUGAAGAACAUUUCUCGGAAGCUGAUCCACAAAGUGCAUCAACAGAUGAUGUUAGUAAAGCUAAUAAAAGAGUCAGCUUUGCUUCUGAAGUCCUAUUUCAAUCUCCACAGUGUAGUCCCCAAGUAUCACCCCAUCGCUUACCCAGUGCUGCUAAAGUAACUAGUAUUGAAAUGGAGGAUGAACAACUUCGUGUAGAAAUUAGUGAACCAGUUCCUCCAGAAAAACCUAAACGGUUAUUUACAGAUAUACCUCCGGUUGAGUUCCAAGUCAGUCCUACCCUUGAUGAUCUUCAACAAGGGUCUGAGGAAUUGAUGGAACUCAACAGGAAAAUAGCUUUGCUUUCCAACAUUACCCGUGCAGCUGAAACCCUAGUAUUACAUUUCGCCCAAGCCAGGGAUCCUUUCGAGAAGUUACGCCUAGGGAGCGUUGCUGAAACGCCAGAAGUUGGAACACUGGUGUUCAAGGAACUGUGUCCAGCCAUGGAGCAGGUGAUAGAAGACAAAAUGAAGCCACAUAGAACUGGGCUUCAUGUCUUUGGUAAAAUUCACAUCACUCCAUGGAGAAUCGCAGAAAUGUCAGCAGAAGUUGGGCCAUAUACUAGAUCUAUCAAUCAACUUGUAAAACAACUAAAAUCUAGACCAACUCUGUUGUCAAACAAACAAAGGUUCUAUGCUUUUGUUGCUGGUCUACUCAAUUUAAGAUUGUUAGACUUUUGGGUUGGAUAUAUCCAGAUGAAGGAUGAUUUAGUGGAACAGGUCUACCAUCCAGACGCCAUCUUGAGAAACAGUAAAACUAAGCUUGAUAAACAUUAUAACAGUAUGCUACUUGCCUUACAGCCAUUAUCAGCUUUACCAUUUCAGAUGGAAUAUGACUUGGUGGCCCAAAGUCCAGCCGGACUUCUGAACUGUUCUAGUGAAAUAAAAUCUGAAUCAAGCUUCCAAAAUGUAACAGAUAGUGUUGAUUGGGUGAAAUCUGGUGUUCCCAAGAGUGUGUCUGAUAGUGAACAGGUAGUUGGCUGUACUAAGAGCAGGUUACCCAUACCCAAAGCUAAGUCUGUACCAUCACAUAUGGGCCCAACUGUAAACAAAGGUUAUAGUGGUGCCAAGAAACUUACUACUUUCACAGGAGUAAGAUCGGGUUUGAAUCAAAUAGGACAGUUACGUGUUGACCUUUCAAAGGUCAAAUUGCCAAAAGAUGAGUUGCCGUCACAAGAAAGAAGUACCGAUUCUUCAUCAUCUUCUAGUAGUGAAUCUAAGGGAAAUAAAACAACAUGGGCUAAACAAUCACCUACCCGCAGUCCAACCAAAAUUUUGUGUAAUGGAGAAUUUGUGGAACCCAAAUCAGCCUCCGCUGAUGUUGGUAAUGUCACUGUCACAGGUUUAACCCAGAAGUUCAUUGAAAAUCGCAGUCUGGAGAGUUCUGCUGGUAGUAUUGAGAAGGGAGAUGACUCUAGCUCUAGUCUGUCAAUGAAAGCUCUGUUGGAUGAAUCACCAACCAAAGCAGCAGCCAUUGUGAAAAAACCUGAGCUGCCAAAACUUUCACCGAAGAAAACUUUGGACAUUACAACAUUGAUAGAUAAACUUUUGCUGUCGAACAAACAACCAGUUAUUGUUAAACCAGUGGUAAAACGACCAGCUUCUUCAGCUAGUGAUCUGAAAGUGGAUUCAUCGGAAAGUGAUGCUGUUGUAGGAUCGGCUGGCUUUGACACUAAAAAUGUGAAUAAAAUUGACAGUAAGGUUUUGGCUGAUAGUGUAGAUGAAAUUGGUGACGAUAUUUUGGGUAGUGAAGAGGCAAUAACGCAAAACACUGGUUCGUGUGUAAGCAUUACAGGCAGUGCUUCUAACUAUCAACCAAAUACAACAUUUGCAGUUAUUGAAGCCAGUCCUAUUAUGCAUGUUCAGUUUGUGACGCCUAAAGUACCUGAAAGAGCCAUUUUUAAUGAUCAUGUGAAAGGAUGUGGCCAGUCAGAUCUUGUCCUGAAACGUGAUGAUUUCAGAUUAACUGAAUUCAGAUAUAGUAUAGCUUUACAAUCAUAUGAUCCUGAUGACAUGAAUCAUCUGUCAUAUGAAGAUGGAGAUAUUCUAGAAGUUUUGGCUCAACUAGAUUCGGAUUGGUUAUAUUGUGCUCGAGGUUCACAGGAAGGACUAGUCAAGAUCACUUCUGUUCGACCAAUCUCAGCAGAAGACGAAUUCAAAUUAAUGCAUAAUGAUUUUUAUAAGUAAUCUAUUUCCUUUUCUGGGAGGGUGGAAUAACCUUUGAAAUUAUUUAUCUAGUUUUUGAAGCAGCUAAUGCGAACAUGGGAUUAUUAAACGAACGAUAAUAAAGCACAUGAAAUUGAAAAUAAUAUAUUAAUCUUUAACCCAGCAUGCUGUUAUUCAUGAAUGUUCUAUCUAUUUAUAUAUAAUAUGCACUUAUUAAUAUGAACAAAUAGUGCAAUAUUUGAACUUGUUACUAAAAUUAGAUAAUUUAUAGUCUAUUAUCACUGGUAGAGUGAUUAUUUAGAAUAAAGUUUUUGGUGCAAUAUUUACCUUGUAUUAUAAUCUAUCCUUUUCUUUAUAUAAAUAUACGUCAACUAAACAAUUUGUGCUGUAUAGUAUUGAAGUAUGUAUAAAAUAUAUUUAUUCCAUUUAAUAUGUAAAAGUAAUAACAACUGCUGCAAUUUAACAUUCAAAAUUUACAUACAUGUAAUUGUAAAAAUUUCCUUAAAAUGGAGAAAAUGACAACUGAUUUAUUUCAUGUUAAGAUUGUGUGUUGUGUUAUUAUUUAUUACGUUAUUUCAAGUAAAUGUUAUUGUCCUUUUAGUGCUGUGAUUUUUUUGGGAGAAUAUUAAAUUGUAAAAAAUGGUCAUUUAGAAAAACCUGUAUGCAAGUUGUUUUGUAUAAUUUUUUCUUAAUAGGAAAUGUGUCUAUCGUUAAAAUAAUUUAUUAUCAAUGUUAAAUUUGUACUUGUAUAAAGAUUUAUUUGAUAAUCAAUUUGAAAUUUUUUGCAUGUGCAUGCUCCAAAUUACAUGUAUUAUUCCAUUAUUUGAAAUUUAAACAAUGCCCUAUUUGGACAGCGUGUUGAUUUUUGGUUUAGAAACUUUUUAUGGAAUAUUUCUGAACUUAAUUAAAUUUGUUUGAAACAAUUAUAUUAUUUUCUUUUUGUUUCAAAAUUUGUUCUUCAUUAUUUAUAAAUGAAGAUAACUUUAUACUAUUAUUAUUUGCUUUAAUUGCUAGCUUUGUCAAUUUUAAUCAUUUGCAAUAUACAAGACAUCAUAAUUAUUUGAUUUAUAUUUAAAUAAGAUAACCCUUCAUUAAUUAAUAUUAAGAUGUAAUUACUUUUAGAGAUAAAGACCAAACCAUUUAAUUAAUGUUUUAUUUAAUCACCAGUAGUUGUAGAGUAUGACUGUAUUAGAUGGGAGUAUAAUAUCAUUCUAUAUAGGAUAUUGAUGUAGAAUUAUACAGUGAACACAAAAACCAGUAUGGGUUUUAUAAUAAAUAACCCCAGGGUUUCAUUGGUUUUUCAAUAUAAUAUCAGCUUUUGCUUCAAUUUCAAGUGUGCAAUAUUGUAUUACCAUAUUCUUGUCUGCAGUUACUACAAUAAAUCAUUACAUUUAACUCUCACAUAA